AUGGCUGCAGGGUUUGCCUUGUUAGCAGCUGUUUGCUUACUGCUAUACUUUUCAACUUCGAGAGAGCUUGGGAUACAUGCAUUUUGUGGCUCGAUCGCUGGACAUGCAGCUAUUCUUGCCAAUAGCCCUAUCCUAAACAACCUAUUGAGAACCUCAGGACACUUGAACGACAAAGGUUUGGCUUCUGUUGUGGAUAAAGUCCAAUUCAAGGUAACGACGAAGGACAGCGGAGAUGUGAGCAUUGAUAUCUCCGAGGAUGAUUCUUUGUUGGGCACAGCAACCCCCAAAAAUACUUUGAAGGCUACAUCUCGUCGUUACUACUUUGGCAAGCAGAGUAGACUUGAAAUCUGUCACAGAGACCAGAAUGAGAAUGAUAAAGCUUGGGUACCUAUCACUGGAAGUUUCGCUUUUGUUAUUGUAACAAUCGCCUUCCCCAUCCUGGCCAUAUGUGCACUGGAACUUCUUUAUCAACUUUCCAAUCAGAGGCAGGGUCUUAUUGAUAUGCAUAAGAACGACUCAACUAGCUUAUCAUAUGUCAUCCGCAUGGCUUCGACGGCAGUAGCUUUCGCCAUUGCCACUAUGUUCAACAGUCUCGAUUUCACCAUCGCGACACUCGCCCCUUAUAGUAGUACCCUUCGGUCAGGAAACGUUCAGGCAAACAGGAGUAUUUUGUUUCACCUACUUUCUGUCUCUUCGUUCUUAGUUAUCAUCAAGACCCUUCGAGCUGGUUACUUGGGUGCAGCUACUUCCAAUAAAUCAACUAUCUUGGGCAGCUUUCUCACAAUUGUUGUUUCUGGCCUCUGGAUCCUGAAUGGGAAUGUCAUUCUUGAGAAACCGUCUUCGGUAAUGGUUACAAACUGGCAUAAUUCAUGGCCCAUCAGAACUAAUGAUAAUGGAGGUGCUUCUAUGGCGCUCAAUCUUGUUCGCCAUGGCCGCAGCAAUACAUCUUUGGGAAUAUGGGAAGAUGUCGUCCUCCCAGAUAUUGAGUUCUCUGAUCCACAUACUCUGGCAUCUGAUACUAUUACCCAGUUUUCGAACUAUACUUACAAAGUCGGAGCUUUGAGACCGUUUCUCAGUUGCAUCUCCGUUCCUUGUAAAAACUACACAAUUGAUGGCGGAAGUGGCAAUGUGUCAGUACAGUUUUUUCCUCCAUACAAUUGCGACGAUGUCGAUGUUAAUGAAGUGGUAAAAAUUCCUUAUGGAUUCGUUUUAACCGCGGACUACGUUGAAGGUUGGUUUGGCAAGUACGUUGACUUGGACACGCACGCCGGCAGAUCUGAUGCUGACUACCCAUCGAUCGGCAUUGUACUCGGGCAGGUAGGAGACAUCUUUGGGCGGGUAAACGACACGGAAAUAUCCAGGUGGAAUUUGAAGGCAUUAGCCUACUCUCAGGGCAUUGAGGAAGUUCCCAUCGACGUCAAAUACAAAGGCAAUCCCGCGUUGCGCCAGAUCAAUGAAAAGAUGCCACCAAAACUGGAACGAGAUAAGGCGUGGAGAUGGACGAACAAAACGUCAAAGUCUCAAACAUUUGGUUACAGACUUCUUAGCCUCUUCGAAAAUCAUCAGGAAUCUUUCCCCAACGAACGUGCCACGCACUUCGAUAUGUGCUGUCACCGCAGUAAUAGUCAUUCAUAUACACAAGAGCGUAUUCAAGGCCGGAACAGACUAUUCCAUAUUCACCUUUCACUUCCCGCUUCAUCAAACACAAGUUACUGGUCUCCUUUCACUUGCACUUGUCGUGAUCAGACUUAUUGCUGGAGCUGGCUCUACACUUCUCGUCUGGCGAAUCAUUUUUAUCCUUCUCGAGCACUCAGCUUGCGUAUACCGAUUCUGCCCGCCAUCAAGGCAGAGAUAUCGCUGUUUUGGUCCCUGUGGGCAACAAUCGCUCUUGCUUUGAUGUGGCCUCAUGGUUUUGCAGCGCCACUUGCAUCAUCUUCACUUUCCUGGAACCCCGAUACUAUAUUGCGCAAUGACAACCAAACAGCCUCUAUAGAAAGGAUUGGAGACUUGACCCAAUGGGCCGCUAUCCUCCAUCCCGAUAUGCGAGCGACCACAGUCAUUAAUGCCGCGGCCUUAACGGCGAACGAUCCAAAAUAUGCUUUCAAACCAGACACUAUCCCCCUACGGAGGUAUUUCAACCCAAACGAGAAAAUACCUACCAACAGUAGUAUCAACCUUCGUGUCCCUUACCUAGCGACUAGCAUCCGAUGGAUCAACGCAACGGACAACGAGAGAUCACAACAUGCUGGAAAUGCAGACUACUCUGAUGUCAGUCACCCACUGCAAAGUAGAGCAAUAGGAGCAACAUCGAUCAUCAUGGAUGAAAAAUGGAACCCAAGAAGCCAAAUACCGAAACAAUCAUCUAUUCUCAAAACAACUAAACUGGUCGCGGUACGACUCUCAAUGGUGCCAUCUGAGGAAGAGCUCAAAAAGGGACGUCUUCCUAGUGACAAGGACGAAUGCCCAACAGUCACGGCUGAGUUCGGAAAACUCCCUCCUGUCGUCCAAAAGAAGGUUCCCGUUAUGUAUGGGAAAGGCCAAAUCAGAACCUAUGAUUGCUACAUACUAGCGGAAGUGGAGAUGACUGCUGGCAUCUAUGAGGGACAGGACUGUGGGGUCGUCUCUUCUGACUCGACAUCCCAGUCCUAUGCCAACUGCUCAGUCAAGCGCGACGAUGAGGCUAUCAAAGAGGACUGGCUUCACAGUCUUUCCCUCGAUUUCACAUCCGAAGUCCUCAAGUAUACUGUGUGGCAGAACUUCGCCCAGCCUUGGAUUACUCCAGAUCUGAAUACAGCGUCAGAAGAUGCUGUCUCUUUAUCAGUGGAUAAGCAAAAGAUCUACAUCUGGCUGUCAAUGAACGCGACUCUCACGUUGGCUGCACUUAUCGUUUAUGUCGCAAGCAUGAAGGCAAAUACCAAAACAGUCCGUGAUACAACCCUCGCGCCUUUGACGAUAGAUCUUUCAGAUAUCUUACACAAACCUGAAACUAGUGGUCUCUGUACGGCUGUAAGUCUCAAUGACAAGGACCAUAAACUUCCAAGGCUGCGAUGGCAGAGAGAUGUCAGGGGCAGUGAAGAUGAUACUGAUCAGGCGGCCACAUUCUGCUGCAGAAAGAUUGUUUUUGCUGAAGAUUCGGAGUCAGUGCGUCCUCCCAACACAGAUGAAAAUUCACAGUCCUGA